AUGGUUCUUGAGGCGGUUAUGGUUGUCGUAGACAACAGCGAGAGCAGCAGAAAUGGCGACUAUCAACCUACUCGAUUCGAAUCGCAAGUCGACGCUGUCAACAUCACCUUUCAGACCAUCACACAAGGAAACCCUGAAUCAUCCGUUGGCUUGAUGAGUAUGGGAGGCAAAGGACCUGAAGUGCUGGUGACUCUCACCACUGAGCAGGGCAAGAUCCUCGAGGGCCUUCACAGGACGAAGAAGAAGAUUGGAGGCUCAUCCCAUCUCAAGACGGGUAUCCAGGUGGCUACUCUUGCCCUGAAGCAUCGCCAGAACCGAUCCCAACGUCAACGAAUAAUAGUCUUUGUCUGCUCCCCCGUUGAGGAAUCAGAGAAGGAGCUUACCACGCUCGCAAAGAAGAUGAAGAAAGCCAACAUUUCGGUCGACUUUGUCCUGUUCGGCGAUCUCGAUGACGACAGCACCAAGAACAAGCUACAGCUUUUUAUUGACACCGUCAAGACCAACGAAGGCUGCCACUUGGUCGUCAUUCCUCCCAGCAGCAAGCUUCUUAGCGACCAACUCAUCUCGACCCCCAUCCUCCUUGGAGAAAACGCUGGCGGAUCUGGCGGAGCUGGAGGCGCAGGCGGUAGUAACGAUGAAUUCGAGUUCGGUUUCGACCCUGCAAUGGAACCCGAGCUCGCACUGGCUCUACGUAUGAGUAUGGAAGAAGAAAAGGCCCGACAGGAGAAAGCAGCUCGCGAGGAAGAAGAAGCUGCAAAGAAGGCCUCACUGAGCGACGUCAAGGAGGAAGAUGAGAACCAGGGAUCGAGCAGCAAGGACCAAGAUAAGGGCGGACAGAAAGGUGACGGAGACAAGAUGGACACUUCAUAG